AUGAAGCCUCGCCGCUCCAGCUGCACGGACUCAGGAUCUGAGUCCUCAGAACUGGACUCCAAGAGCCCAGAGAAAUACGAGCCUGCCACACGGCGAAGGAUGGCCGCCAACGCCAGAGAGCGGAAAAGGAUGCAGGGCUUGAACACGGCCUUCGACCGAUUACGAAAGGUGGUCCCUCAAUGGGGUCAGGACAAGAAAUUGUCCAAGUGAACCCUGCAGAUGGCUCUCAGCUAUAUCAUGGCCCACCGGAUCCUGAUGGACGCCAAGCGACACAAUGCCACUCACAGGCAGUGGCGGGACUUGCAGUUUGACUGCGUGCAGCCUGACAACCCCCAGUACCUGAUGGGGUACGACUCUGCGGGGGAGGACUAUAUCACUUCCUCUUUCUCCUACCAGCUUGACAGCCAUCAGCUGCACGCUUGA